CUAACGGCUCUGAGAGGAUUUCUGAAGGCCGCGCGCUCAGAUUAACCCAAUCCAGAAUAUAAUAAGACAGACAAAUAUUACAAUCAAUGUCUUAAGCGAUAUAUCAGAGUCUUAAGAUUAGCUAAAUGCAGCAACACUUCCUCUUGAAACGCUUCAGUUUAAUGUUUGUGUCCAUGAAGGGGAGUGAUGACGUCAGCGGGACGACGUCACGGCUCCGUAUGCUCAGAUAAUAAUCAGUAGGUUGAGAAAUUAUUCUAUUUUUUUUUAGAUUAUAUAAGAAUUGAAAACAUACAGACAUCCCAUUGUGCCUUCAUAUGUAACUCGUAAGUAAUUUGGUAAAACUACUAAAAAUUUUAAUGUUGUUAUUAUUAGUGAGUGAUAGGUCAUUAUGACGUCAAUGUCAAUUAAUUAGCUGAUAAAUUUGACAGCCUUGUCAGUGGUUUUUAUUGUAAAAUAUUACAGUUAAUAUUAUUGAGUAGUGAAUGCUGCGUAUAUGUUUGGGCAGUUGGAAAAUAUCUUUAGUAAAUCAAUAUUUUGCAAAUUCAAAUAUGUAUAAAAUAUAUUUUAAAAGAUGAAGAUUUAUACAUGAAGCAUUUUCAGCCUCCUCUCCUCCUUAUCAGCUAUUAAUAAUGGGAUUUCGUAUAUGAAAGUUAAUUCCCCCGAAAAUGGAUGCAAGCAUCAAAUCUGAAAGAGCAUUGCCAAGAGGAAAUAGGACUUUUAGAUUUUGUGAAGUGAUUUUAAUCAGCUCAAGAGGAUUUUGCUUAAGAUAAGUAAACAACAGAAGGGACUUGAGCAGAUGCACUUGAGUUUGUUAAAUUGAGUUUUACUGGCUGUAAGAAAUCUCACCCUCCGUGUGAAUGAAGCGACUGUCUGUGUGAAUGCUGAGAUGAAUUCAUAUGCUUCCCGUACAUUUGUUUCAUACAGACUGAACAAUUGUGGCCCCUUUAUUCUAUUCAUUAAGGUUCAGUGUAUGUUUGCCAGCCUACAUCUGCAAGGGAGUUGCAGAAAAGCCUCAUGUUCAUCGAGCCGAGAUGAGACGAGACAGCGGGUUAAAUUCACAGACGAGCGCGUCUGCAAAUCGCACCUGCUCAACUGCUGCCCGCAUGACAUCCUCUCUGGAACGCGCAUGGACCUAGGCGAAUGCUCUAAGAUCCAUGACCUGGCGCUGAGAGCAGACUAUGAGAUCGCGUCUAAAGAGAAAGACCUGUUCUUCGAACUGGAUGCGGUGGAUCACCUGGAGUCAUUUAUAGCUGACUGUGACCGCAGGACUGAGUUGGCCAAGAAGCGUCUCGCUGAGACACAGGAAGAGAUCAGCGCUGAGGUGGCCGCAAAGGCAGAAAAGGUUCACGAGUUGAACGAGGAGAUCGGGAAGCUGCUGGCGAAAGCUGAACAGCUCGGCGCUGAGGGGAAUGUGGAUGAAGCCCAGACAGUCCUACAGGAGGUUGAGAGAGUCCGAACUAAGAAGAAGGAUGCAGAGGAAGAGUACAGGAAUUCUAUGCCCGCCUCCAGUUUCCAGCAGCAGAAGUUGCGCGUCUGUGAGGUUUGCUCCGCCUAUCUUGGUCUUCAUGACAACGACCGGCGUCUCGCUGACCACUUUGGUGGCAAACUGCACCUGGGCUUCAUCCAGAUCAGAGAGAAGCUGGAACAGCUGAAGAAAACUGUGCAGGACAAACAGGAGAAACGGAACCAGGAGCGACUGAGGAGGAGGGAAGAGCGGGAGAAAGAGGAGAAAAUGAAAAAACGGACUAAGUCACGCAGCCGAGAACGCAAGAGGUCUCGUUCUCGCGAUCGUGAUCGAGAGCGCAAGCGCCGGCGUUCCCGAUCCGCAUCACGAGAGAAGCGGCGUUCCCGUUCUCGCUCCAAAGAGCGCGACAGACGCCGGCGGCACCGGUCUCGCUCCAGAUCCCGCUCGCGCCACAGCCGAGAACACUCACACAAGUCUUCACGGGACCGUGAUCGCGAGAGAGACAGUAAGCACAGUUCUUCCGAGCGGAGAUCAGACGGGAUGAACGGGAGGACGGAGUCUCGCCGUCAUGAUGACAGAGAGGCUGGAGAGAUCUGAAUCAUCUCACUCUACCAUAACAAACACACACAGCGCGCUCUCGUACAUAUACCCACUUUUUAUUUAUCAUGUUUGCUUGGUCUGUAGUAAACUGCCCGUGCCCUGUUUCAUUACAGUCUUUGUAGUCUUUAAUAUCUCAGUCCUGUGAGACUCAAACCUGUCGGAUUCACUGUCAAAUGUUGAAAGGACAAUUGUAUGUGGAGGUAUUUUUAAUUAUUUAGUUCCUUUUCUCAAAAGUAUGUACUGCCACUUUUUGUUGCGCCUCCAUAAUGUGUUUUUUUUGGGGGGGAUUGGGAUUUUAUUUUGUACUGUUUGUCCUGAGUGGAUGUGCAUGUUUUGCUGAAGGCUGUUCUGAGGUCAGUUUAAGUCCCCUUUGUUUAACUAGAGCUGCAGUAUUCCCUCAUAGAGAGACGGAGAGUGACUCUCUUUGUAUCAAUAGCAGAGGCGUAGAAAUUUAAUUAAUCUAAACGAGUGAAUCCGUCAUGGCAUAUUGUUUCAGAUUUACCAUGUACAUGAUCUUUUAUAAGGCUGGUUUGAUUUAAUGUUGUCCUUAUCAAAGUGCAUUAAAUGGUUUUAUGAAUUUAAA